AUGGCCCUUUCAUCUCGUUACUUGUUGAACGAUCUUCACGUGAACAAUAUUUUAAUUGAUGACGACUGGAAUGUCAAAUGCCUUAUUGACCUGGAGCGGGCAUGCUCAUGGCCUAUUGAGAUGCUACACUCUCCUCACUGGUUCGAGAGUGUGGAUACCAUUGAACCAGUAAUCAAGAGUUCGUCAACAUUCUCGAACGGGAGGAAUGUUUGCUGCGGAACGCGAACACAGUUACGAGGACUUUCACAGAGAAAUAUAUUUCCCUAUUGGAUACCGGACGUCGAGAAUCCCUUUCUAACAAAAAUGCUGGAAGACAAGGCAGCUUAUGGCAGAGAGCUUCAAAAGAAUUUCGAUGUUGAACCUGCUAUAUAA